AUGGGCAAUUCAACCCCUCCUGCAUCCUAUUUGGCAAACCAAGUGAACCAAUUUUUAGCACAAAAGAAAGAUUAUGAAUGGUUCAUUAAAGAGCAUCCUGGAAAUAUCAAAAAUGAUUCUUAUGAUCAACGAAUGGUAGUAACAACAUUUCCAGAUCAUUUAACCACAAAAGAUUUUGAAGAAUAUGUUGAUAGGAAAUUUCCUGAUCUAGACGAUGGUGUUAGAAAAAAAAUGAAAAGCCUAAUUGAAGCGAAUACAAAUGAUAAUAAAAAAGAAAAUAACUCUUCGGGUUCAAGUAGUCCCGAUUCGUCUGUUAGUGCAAACAAAUAUGAUGUCCCCGAAGAUGAACUUCAAACUAUCACAGAACAUUAUCAAGGAGCAUUUAAUAACAACGAAUACUUUCAUGUUAAUGAUACUGAAAAAAUUGUUUCACUUCAAUGUAAUGCUAAUGGAACAGCAACAGCUACUUUAGUGCAAAUUCUAUUAGAAAAAAAUUUCACACUUAAUGAAAAUAAAUUGAUUAUCGGAUAUAUUAAAUUCACAAGAGAGUUAGAAAAUGGUUCACAUGAUAUAAAAGACUUUUGGGACCGUGGUAAAGAUCGAAUAGCAAGAGCUUUACAAUAUAAAUAUGCCAAACAGCUCAACAGAGACUCAUUCAAGGCUCUCUAA